ACAUUCCCCUCUCAUCUCGCCGCCGUCCUCCUCUCGCCAUGGACUCCCCAGCCCCCACCACCGUCCCGGCCUCCGUCCCCGCCGCCGGCCCCGUCGGUCCAGGGCUCUACACCGAGAUCGGCAAGAAGGCCAGGGAUCUCCUCUACAAGGACUACCACACGGACCAGAAGUUCACGCUCACCACCACCGCCGCCAACGGAGCCGCAAUUACUGUUGCAGGCACAAAGAAAAAUGAAGUUGUAUUCAGCGAGAUCCAGAGCCAGCUGAAGGGCAAGAAAUAUACAGUGGAUGUGAAAGCAACUUCAGACUCAAAGGUUAUAACUACAGUCACUAUCAAUGAGCUGUACACACCAGGCUUGAAGGGAAUUAUAUCUGUUCCUACCCCCUACCAGAAGUCUUCCACUGGAAAGGUUGAACUCCAGUACUUGCAUCCCCAUGCUGGCAUCAAUGCCAGUGUUGGCCUGAAUGCAAACCCUCUUGUUAACUUCUCUGGUGUUUUUGGGACUAAGGCGGUAGCUCUUGGUGUUGAUGCUGCAUUUGAUACUGCCUCUGGGGACUUCACUAAGUACAAUGCUGGACUGAGCCACACUAAUCAAGAUCUCACUGCUUCCCUGAAUCUGAACAACAAGGGAGACACCCUCGCUGCUUCCUACUACCACCAGGUGCACGGCACCACAGCUGUGGGAGCAGAGAUUGCCCACACCUUCUCCAGCAAUGAGAACACUCUCACCAUUGGCUCGCAGCACGAGCUGGACCCCCUGACCACCGUGAAGGCGCGCUUCAACAACUUCGGCAUUGCCAGCGCCCUCCUCCAGCACGCGUGGAGGCCCAAGUCCCUCAUCACCUUCUCGACCGAGAUUGACACCAAGGCCAUCGAGAAGAGCCCCAAGUUUGGUCUGGCCCUGUCCCUCAAGCCCUGAUGUGGGUGGGGUUCGGCGUGCUUUAGGAUGUUAGCAGUUUGAUGGUUACUACCAGCAGCUCUAGUCCAGCGAACAAUGCCUGGACAAAACUUGUAAUCCCGACUUUGGUGAUGCAGAAAACUUAUCUGUCGUUGCCUAUUAUUAGCCUUGUUCAGCUCUUCUCCAUGAGGGUCUCUACCCAGUUGAUCAGUACCGUACUACUGGUGCUUUUCCUAGCGUAUUGCAGUGUCCUGAAAUAUGAAAUUUUCACUUGGAUGCAGCGUGCUCGUGUUUGCCUCA